AUGCCUGCCGUACAACACUGCCAGCAGCUGCCUCCUGUUGACGAAGCCGACGACUCUGCAUACCUCGACCAAGACGUCCACUACAUCUCGCAGACAAAGUCGCUGUACAUUGUAUCCGAGCAUCGUUAUGUCCGCUCGCUAAGUCCGCCUCCCUGCGCGCGCGAUUCCUGCGCAGACAUCCUCCUUCACCGCAUUGCCUCACCACCGCCCCUCGCAACACCCCGAAAACAUCCCCGACCGCUCAUGGCCACCCUCACCUAUGCGCAGGAUGCGUCCUCGCACUUUGGCGCUCCGCCCGGUAGCCCGCCCGACCUGACAAACUCAAAGUCAUCCAAGUCGUCGAGCAUCCAUUCAUCCACCCUGCUCGACUUUAUGGGCACCACCGAAAACCUCUCCCACUUUGAAGACAUCAACCUGGAUGAGGCUUCAGGGGGGCCAGCCUCCUUUCCCAUGCCCACAAGUCCGUCCAACCGCCUUGUCUACGAAGCUCCGCGAGCCCCCGCCUCGGCUAGGACACUCUCACAUCCCACCCAACACUCGUUCCGCGACCUCACGGGCACAGCCAAACCAAAGUAUCCCAGUCUAGUGGGCACCGUCAGCCAUGCCGUACAAAGACAGCAGACGCAGCUGUCUGCACCUGGCAAGACGGCCAGAAGAGCCCUGACUUCGCCAUCGGCUCCCUCGCUCAGCACUCUGGGUCUUGCAGCGCCACACCGCUCCUCACGAUCGCCCUCCCCAUCAAACACCCACCAAUCCCUGUCAGGAUCACGCACACUCUCCCGGAGAAGUUCUCGAAACGAGGUCUUGCCGUCUCCGAGUUUAGCUUCCAGAAGACAGUCUUGGCAAGACUCAAAACGAAAGACGGUCAAGGAAAGAGAGGCGGAGUGUGAUGAUGAGGAUGAUGAAGUUCCCGAAGAUGCUGUCAUCUGGAAUAUUCCCAUAUCGCCGCGUCCCACACAAGAGCGAUCCCCGGCACCCUGGACGAGUGACAACACUCCCCAGACGUCACCACUUCCCGGCACUGCCGAGUCUUCAGCAAAGCCAUCUCCGGCGCCUUCGGUACACCACAGAGACCCAUCACCAAACGUGUCUAGCAGGGGCGUAUCCCCGAAAUCACCGACGCCACAAACUACAUGGGCAGACACAUAUACUGCGUUGGACGCAGACGCCAGGAAGCUUACGGAAGCACUAGAAGAAUUCCAAUCCGAAUAUGAGCGGAAACAGGAAAUCACAAGGCAACAGCCUGGGCUCGCAAGGUCAGCAUCUAUGAGCCAGACAGUGCCAAAAACCAAGAAGCCGACACUCCCACCGGUGCGAAAGAGUGAUCCACUUAUUGAUCCUUUCCAGCCGUCCGUUGAGAAGCAAAAAUACCUAUCUCGGACACGGCCAUCCUGGCUCCCACCAAAGGACCCCAAGGAAGAAAAGAAGCACCUCAAAGAGUACCAGCGCAUGUUGGCUCGGAUCGAGGAGGCUGAACGCCUUGAGGCUAAACGUGCCCAAGAAGAGGCGCUCGCUCGCGAAAAAGCUAGUCGCAUCAAGGCGGAAUACUGGUCCAGCUUAUUACUUCCAAACUGGGCUACCGAAAUGACGAAUCCAGAGCUUCGAGCAACACACCGAAAGAUGUGGUGGAACGGCAUUCCACCACGGCUGCGGGGCCAAGUAUGGCAAACGGCAAUCGGCAACGACCUCGAAGUCACCGAGCUAACGUACAACAUUGCAUUGGAAAAGGCACAGGCAGAAGUAAAAGCACACGGCCACGAAGCGCUCGGAGGCCGUUACCUUUACAUCAUCCAGAGCACGCACAAGGUCUUUCCUAGGCUCAAGAUGUUUGCAGCGCAAACAUCGCCAGAGAAUGACGACGAGCAGCCCCUCCACAAGGACCUGGUCAACGUGUGUUUGGCUUAUUCCAUGUAUCGGCCGGAUAUCCCUCAUUCGAGCUUCGACAUUCAUCACAUUGCCGCAUUGCUCCUGCUUAACCUCUCAGCUCCGCAAGCCUUUAUCGCACUGUCUAACUUGCUCAAUCGCCCAUUGCCUCUAUCAUUCCUUGUCCACGACCAAAAUGCCAUCCACGCCGCAUACACAACCACUCUCCACGUGCUAUCGAAGAAAGCACCAAGCCUCGCCCAACGAUUAGAAACAUUACGUGUCGAGCCCCGAGACUACCUCUUCCACGCCCUUGGCUCAUUGUUCUGCGGACGCCUGGAAGUCGAGCACGCCGCACGCAUCAUGGACAUUUACACAAUCGAAGGCGACAAGAACCUACCACGAGCCGCCGUAGCUAUCCUGUGCAUCUUGGAAGGCAGCUGCAUGGAGGGUGAUGCCGCUCAGGUAGCGCAUACCCUCAAAGCCAAGAAGGUUGAGCUUGACGAAGACGAGUUCAUGGCUCGCGUGUACGAAGCGGGCAAGACAUCAUAG